AUGCUGAUUCUCUGGUCGAUAUGCGGCGUGCCAUUUGGUGUUUACGCUAUUGUACAGAACUUCAGCUUUGCUCUUCAGUUCCAGCCUCAAGCAUUUGCUGGUCUCACACUCAUCUCCUGGGGGCAGACGCUCUACUACCACAACAAGUGGAAAACCUGGACUGCAACCGUGGCUACCAUUCUUCUUGCGACAAGCUUUGCAGUCAUGGAGGUGAUUCUGAUCUUCGCUCUUCAGGGUCCUUAUGAUCGCGGUGUCAAGUGGCCAAUGAUGCUUAUGGCGAUUUCAGCUACGCUCAUCCAGAUCGCUGGGUUGAUACCACCGUACUUCGAGCUCGCAAAACGCAGCGGCAGAGUUAUUGGCAUCGACUUUUGGUUUCUGCUCAUCGACUAUGCUGGAGCGUUCUUCUCUCUGAUGGCUCUCAUUGCACAGCAGUGGUUUGAUGCCCUCGGUGGCAGCUUGUACAUUGCUUGUAUGCUGCUUGAAACGGGCAUCUUCGCAUCUCAAGCCAUCUGGCUCUGGCGCGUACGACACAUUCGCCAAGAAGCAAAGAAAGCUGGAAAGACUUACGAUGAAUACGUUGCUGAGCAUCCCUCGAAGAACCUUCCCAAAUCCGAAUCAACGGAGACCGUCGUCGAUGUCGAAGCUUGCCACGCACCCCAAGUUCCAAGUGAUUUUUCUGAGAAUCCUAAAACAGUGAAGGAACCAGACACAGCUACUGAGGGCACUGAGGGCGCAUAUACACAAGAGAAGAUUCCUGUCUCUGAAAGGGGCUUUGUGCAGAAGUGGAAGACUUUGGUGCUCCGACCGGUCCCAGAUGUCCAAUCGUGA